AUGUUUUUCAAACUGUGCUUUGAGCAGAGCUCUCUGGUGGAUGAUGGCGAUGAGAACCCUGAGCGUGGAAACUGGACCAACAAGACAGAGUACAUGCUGUCUAUGAUAGGCUUUGCUAUUGGCCUGGGCAAUAUAUGGAGAUUUCCAUACUUAGCCUACAAGAAUGGCGGCGGUGCCUUUCUCAUUCCCUAUUUCCUGAUGCUGGUUUUGUGUGGAAUUCCUCUUUUCUUCCUGGAAAGUGCCAUCGGCCAGUUUUGCAGCCAAGGUCCAGUCAACAUGUGGAGAGCAGCUCCUUUACUGCAGGGUGUCGGUCUUUCCAUGGUUAGUUUGAACACAAUGGGGUCGAUUUAUUAUAACGUCAUCAUCGCCUACAGCCUGUACUACAUGUUCGCCUCCUUCCAGUCUUCUCUGCCGUGGUCCAGCUGCCUCAGACACGUUGACAGUAACUGCAGCAACACACCUAUAGUGUACUGCAAUGUAAGUGGUGUUUUAGUGCCCAGCUGGACUGAAAACAGCACUUGUCCUUCAUCCAACAUGAUCACAGUGCCAGUGCAGAGCCCAAGUGAGCAGUACUGGGAUCAUGUGGCUCUGCAGAGAUCCAGCGGUCUACAUGAAACAGGACCAGUAGUUUGGCACUUGGCCCUCUGUCUGCUGCUGAGCUCCAUUCUUGUUGCUGCAGCGCUCAUCAAAGGCAUCAAGUCAUCAGGCAAAGUUGUGUAUUUCACAGCAACUUUUCCUUAUGUGGUGAUUCUGAUCCUGCUGAUCAGAGGGGUGACACUAGAGGGAGCCAGAGAUGGAAUAGAGUUCUUCAUUGGUUCCCAAUCCAAUCUGACUAAACUGACUGAGAUAGAGGUCUGGAGGGAUGCAGCAGCUCAGAAUUUGUAUUCCCUCGCCAUUGCUUCGGGUGGAACUGUGGCUCUUGCUUCAUAUAGCAAUUUCCACAACAACAUGUUCCUGGACACAGUUAUUGUAACCCUCUUUAAUCAUGGUACCAGUGUGUUUGCAGGCUUUGCCAUUUUUUCAAUUUUAGGUCAUAUGGCUCACAUCUAUGGAAAGCCUAUCGGGGUAGUGGUGAAGGAAGGUUUCGGCCUGGCAUUCAUUGCGUAUCCAGACGCUUUGACUAAGCUUCCUAUUUCCCCCUUCUGGUCCGCUCUGUUCUUUUUCAUGCUUUUCCUUGUUGGCCUGGACUCUCAGUUUACACUUUUAGAGGUGACCACCACCUGCCUGUCUGAUGCCUUCCCUGAAUUCUUCAAAUCCAGACGUGCCUUAUUGACAAUAGGAACAUGUGUCAUUAUCUUCUUCUUGGGCCUGCCAUGUGUCACAAGGGCAGGAAUAUACUGGGUGACUCUAAUAGACAACUUCACUACCGGUUGGGUGAUGCUAAUUUUGGCUGUCAUGGAGAUCAUUGGCUUCUGCUACAUAUAUGGGGGGAACCGUCUCAUUAAAGACAUUGAGAUGAUGAUUGGAAAAAAGACCACGUGGUUCUGGCUGUGGUGGAAAGCUUGUUGGUUCUUCAUUGUCCCCUGUAUCCUUUUUGUGAUCCUGGUCUGGUCUCUCAUAGCCUUUGUGACCCCCGCCUAUGGAAAUAUCCAGUACCCAGACUGGGGCUUGGCUCUGGGCUGGUGCAUGACUGCAUUCACCCUUAUCUUGAUCCCUGUUGUUGCUUUGUAUAAGCUGAUGAGAGCAGAGGGAAGCCUCUGGAAGCGUCUGAAGUCGUUGUGUUCUCCCUCUGAGGAAUGGCGUCCCUACCUGGACAUCCAUCGAGGAGAACGCUACUCUCAAAAGAAGCUGUAG